UUUAUUGGUGGUGCUACUAUUCUCAUUUACAUUACUUUUUCUUAUUCGUUGUCGUUUGCUAAUAGUUUGAAGGGGGGUAUUGAUAAUCUUUAAAAAAGAAAACUGUGGAUGAGGGGUUCAAUAGACUUGCACAUCGAGCAGAGCGGCAAACGACGUAGAAUAGCUCGACAAAGUGUUAAAGAAAUACAUGCAUAUAGGUACGGUGGACAUAAAGAAACUGUGGUCUGGAGAAGCAACUCAAAGGUGUUGAAAGGAAAAGAUUGUUAGAAAGACACGAGUGAGUGUGGAAAAAAGCGAGAACUGUGUGGAGACGGAGCCUCCAAAAAUGCACGCAAUGCUGGUGAAGUGGAAGUGAUCAUAUGAAAAAGUGCUGAGCCAAGCAGCAGCUAAAACAACAACAACAGCAGUAGCAUAAUUUGGUCAUCGAAUUCAAAUUUUAGAAGCAGCAACUGUAAUUUUAAGCGACAUCAGCAACAAUAUCAAUAUCAACAACAGUCGAUCGAUCACACAACAUACAUAAUUACAGGAAGCGAGCGAAGCUAAAUUUCCAGUGGCAAUUCAAAUCAACAAUCUAUCAAUAUAUUUUUGCUACAAUAUAAAUGCAAUAUAUGUAUUGCAAUUAUUUAAGCACGUACAACAACUAACUGAUUUUCUCUCAGCGAUAUGGUAUCGACACGACAAAUGGCCACAAGCAGUGGCAACGGUACAGUCCAUCAAAAUUCUGCCACUUCAGAUUCCGCCCGUCUCUCCGUAGUGACUGCACAAACACAACGUGGCAUGAUUGCUGGUGCAUCAAUAGUGUCCACAAUCGUGGCCACUCGCCAAUGUGGUCAUCAUCAAAAUAAUCAGCAAACCCAACAACAAGAGCAACAGCAGCUGGUUAGCGUAAAUGAAAGCAUCGUUGCCACAGAUGAGAACGCAGCCGGUACCAAAGUGGAGUUGCUUGAUUUGCCCAUCGAAAUUUUAGCAAAAAUAUUUUCAUAUGUAGAAUAUCGAAAAGUUGGUCAAUUGAGAGCUAUUUCGCGCAAAAUGAACGAAGUCUGUAUGGAUGUAUUGAAUUCAACAUUUUCACGUCUCAUUACACAAACAUAUAAUCGUUUUCAUGCCAUCAAAGCGAAUAUGCCGCGUCGUGAAUCAGCGCGUCGCAAUCAUCCGUUGGCGUGCGAGUGUGAUAUCAUUGAAACGUGUUAUAUGCGCCUAUCGCUGUUGCAAAUGUCUUUUGGUAAACAUAUCGAACGUGGCCACUGUUGCUUCUUUCCGGGAGCCAUUUUAGAUGAAGUAUACAAUAUUUUAAAUUAUAUAAGAAAUACGCCACGUUUAGAGCGGCCUUAUCGGGUUACCGAUGAACUUUUUGAUCUCUCUACAAUGGCCAUGGAAUAUUUCAGGGAUCGUAUUGAAAAAACUUUACCCGAUAUUGCUUACUUUAAUAAGGCCUUUUAUAAAUUGCCCACCACCACAAAAAGACCUGCUUUGGUAGCAUCCGUCGAUCAUGCUGACAGUUCUUCGUCAUCACCACCACAAAGCAAUAUGGUUUUACGUAAAGGUAUACGUAAAAUAAAGCAAGGUAUGAAAAUCUAUAAUAAUCAAUUGUCGGUUUUACGCAACGAGCUACGUACUUGCAAACGGAAAUCAUCGGAGCAGGGUAAACAAAUUGCUGAGCAGCAAAAAUUGUUAGCCGAGCAGCAGAAACAAACCUUAGAGUAUGCAAAUCGUUUAGAUGAGAAUGAUAAGAAAAAUGAAGAAAUGGCACGCAAGUUCUCUACUUUAUUGCAGGAACUGAACAAGUGUAAAACCGAAUUGCAAUAUUGGCGUUCCAAGAGCCCAGCCAUACCAAUUUGCACUUCAUGUGGACAGAAACUGGCACCACUCCUUCCGCCACCAGAGGAUUUCCAAGCACUGGUCAAUCAGGGUGUCAAGCCUGAGGAUAUAAUACUCAAUUUGAGCGACGACAUAGAGAACGACACCGAAGCCAAUACGAUUGAGAAUGGAAUAUCAACUCAUUCAACUACACAAACUUCAGUGUUUGCCUUUCCCGAUAAAGAAACAACCGCUAAAUUAUUGGCUGUUAAUAGCAUAGCGGCGAAAAAUCAACAACUCAAGCGGCAACAUUCAUCAACGUCUGCAGGCUUGACUUAUAACGCAAGCAACGAGGGCAAUAGCGCUUUUAAUAUUUAUGCCAGCAGCAGCAGCACAGGUGGCGGCAAUAACAGUAACUGUUGCAGCUGUCAACUAAACAACAGUGACAAUCAUCCGGUUGGCAUGCAUUCAAAUGCAAUAUCAAGCAAUAAAACUCCCAUGGAAUCAGAUACAAGUAAUUGUAGCCGAAAGCAAACACCGCCGCCGGUUAAACUGUUGCCAAGCGAAAUGACAAAUCGUUUGCAUUAUGUACGCGGCGCGAACGUAAUACGUACGACUACGAGUGCUGCCAGCAACGGUAACAAUAUAUCGCAUGAAAACCAUACGAUCACAACAAUUAAUAAAAACAUUAGCGAUGUUGAACCAAUUGCAGUUGGUGGGCUGAUUGCACCACCGAAUCUCGGUCGAACGCAUAGGAGCGUUAUUGUUAGUCCGGCCAUGCGAUAUCAAACCAACACAGGCGGCAACCAUUGCUGUCUGCAUCUAGGAAUGAGCGGUGCUCGCAAUACUGAUGGUGCAAGUGCCGAUGACGUGUGUAUUGAGAGAGACAACAGUGUUGCAGCGCUUGCAUCGAAACAACUUGAUGUUAGCGUUGAGGUUAACGGAGUUGGUGUUGGAGGCAAGCAGCAGGAUGGCGGCGGUGUUAGCAGCGAUGAAACGGCUACCACAGACGUCGUCAGUUUGCAAGCCAUCACUUCACAGGAAACAAAAAAAGCACGUAGAGUACAAAAAGCCACGAGAUGUUUAAAUGGUAGUGGCAAACGCAGUAAAUAAUAAUCAUAUGUAUAUGAUAUAUACAUAUACUAUACACAUAUAUAUAAAAUAUUUUAAAUGUAACACUUUUACUGUAGUAUUUUCCUUUUAUUAUUCGAAUACAUGAAAUAAGGUAUGUAGAAAGAAAAAUAAGCAGCAGAAAAAGUGAAGAAAAUAAUAAUAAUAAUAAAGCAUAAAAUAUGCUACAAAACAAACAAACAAAAAAAGAUGAAAGUCAAAUUGCUAAGAGGAGGCAGUAACGGCAAUAGUACGCAGUUUAGCUUUGUGAUUUUCUAUAAAAAAAAAA